UUAAAUACAUCAAAUAAAAAUGUACAGGAAGACAAAUUCUCUGUCUGGCAGUGGAACCAAUAGCAUUUUUAAGUUAUUUCUAUUGGAGAACAACCUUCAUAAAAAAGAGAAGUUGUAUUUUUAGUAUAUGAGACAUUUACACAUGUAUUAGUGUCUUUCUGAGUGCAUCACAGCAAAGAAAAUGAUUGUCUUUCUCUUCUUCAUCUCAUCAAAUAUGCUUGUAAUAUCCUGCAGCGAAUCAUCAAACAUGGUGGUUGGACAAGUUGGGGAUACAGUUAAACUUCCAUGUAAAUAUGACGUUAACACUAAUGGCCUAGUGAAUGUUUGCUGGGGGAGACAACAGUCAUUGUUCAGCUGUGAGAACACUGUUAUCUCCUCCGAUGGCUCGCAAGUGACCUUCAGAGAGUCAAACAGAUUCGGCUUGGCCAGUGGACUGGAGCGAGGGGAUGUUUCACUUACCAUAAAAGCUGCUCAAAAGAGCGAUGUUGGGAUGUAUGUCUGCCGUAUCGAGAUUCCUGGACCUUUCAAUGACAUCAGUCACAACGUCUAUCUGUUUAUCAGAAAUGGACUGGAUCCCAAAAGAGUCAUCUCAGAAACGCAACUGGUCCCUACAACAGCAAAUCAGGAAAAACAAGAUGCUACCGACGUCUACAUGUACGAAGCAGUUGCAGUCGUCCAUACUGAGGAUAAAAUGGAAACAUUUAUCGUAAAUACUGUAAGAGUGGGGGCCGUUGUCUUCAUCCCGGGUUUGAUCAUCGCACUUCUGUUCAGACUGCGGCGCCCAGAGAACACACCAGCUGAAGGAGAAUGUAAAAAUCUGCCAGGCUUCCCAGACCAACAACCACACACAGAUAUGCGGUGAUAGUCAGUCCUGAGGUCCCUAUGACUAUAUAAACCACAUGCAUGGUUAUAUGGAUUGUGUGUGUGUGUGUGUGUGUGUGUGUGUGUGUGUGUGUGUGUGUGUGUGUGUGGUAUGUGUUAUUAAACUAAAUCUGAGAUAAUUUAUUUGCAUUAUGUUGUUGUCGUUUACUUUUCAAUGUAAUAUGAAAUGUCUGUAAAGUCUUUUUUGUAAAAAGCGUUCAAACUGUAAUCUAAUGUCAUGCCUCUCCUUCUAAAAAAUAAAUUACUAACUGUCCCAACACCCAGUGAAUAGUGAGAAGAAGGCCUUCGCUUAUGGGUGGA